CAAAAUCGUUAAAACUGAAAUGGUUGUAACCAGAAACUCGGUAACUGGGAGUUUCUUCAGGCAGACGACCCUGUGUCCCCAUGGGCUAUUGUUAUCAUAGAUAUCAUAUUAUCUAUGGUCCUAAUGGUAUGCCUUUACCUAUGUAUUAUCUAUGCUUAUAACAAAACUAUAAUUUAUAAUUUUUUCUAACAAUUUAUUAAAAAAAACUAUUUAGUUAAUUAUGUUCAAAUUUCGUUACUGGCGUACUAAUACCACAAAUAUAUUCGGAAAUAGUCUAUUAAGAAUAUUACACUUUAGUGUUGAGUCAAGAACUAGACAAUUGGCGAAUAUGCGGUGUAUAUAUAAAGGUUAUAACAGAUAUGAUAUAUUCAAUUACUGUAUAAAUUCAAAUACGUAUUCAACUUUUGUUGAAUUUAAAUGUUGGAAUUGUCACACGAUGUUGGAUACAAGACCUAGCCUGUUUUGCAAAAAUUGCACUUUAAUUCAGUCAUCUGAUCAGCAAAACUUCAACUAUUUUGAGUUGUUCAACAUUAAGGAACAGUAUGAAAUUGAUGCUAGACAAUUGACAUCCAGUUUUAGAAAGCUACAAAAUCUUAUACAUCCAGAUAAAUUUUCUAAUAAAACUGAAGUGAUUUUUAUUUUACAAUUAUAUUGAAGUGUGUUUUAAGGCAAACAUAUGUUUCAGGAAGAAAAAGUACGUUCCGAAUCGUUUUCUUCUUUAUUAAACAAAGCUUAUACGACCUUAUUGAAUCCACUUUUAAGAGGUCUUUAUAUGUUAAAUGGUCGUGGAUUAAGCAUUGAAGAAGACUCCAUAACCAUGGAUACUAGUUUUUUAGGUGAAAUAAUGGAGUGGAAUGAAAAAGUGGAAGAGGUUAAUUCAACAAAAUCUCUUGAAAUUCUUAAGAAGGAUGUAGAUAUUAUUUUAAUCAAUUUAUACAAGUUAGUUGUAUAUUUAUUACAAUAUUAAAUUAUAAUGUAGAAUAAUUAAUAUUUGUAUAUUAUUUAGGGAAUUAUCAGAAGCUUUCAACGAAAACAAUUUAGAUCAAGCAAAAGUGUUAUUGUCAAAAGCUAAGUACUUUUCAACACUACUAGAGAAUAUUAAAGAAAAAGAGAUGUGAAAAUAUACAAUACCUAUUUCUUUUUAAUUGAGUGUUUAAACAAUAAAACUUUUGAACGUAUUUUAAAAAUUAUUCAUUUUUACAAUUAGACAAGUCUAGCAAUAUAUGAAGAAAAAUAUUUUAUUUUAAUACUAAAAAUAUAUAUUAUAUAUAUUUAUAUUGUACGUUAUAUCAUGUUAAAACGAGAUUGUUCCAUUUUUGAUAAUUAAGUCCUGACAAACUUCAAAUGGAAUACUUUUUGU